UUUUCGUCAUAAGCACUCUGACUGUGCAUGUUGAUCAGUAGAUUGGCAUGGUAUAAAUGUCAAGAGUUAUGCUAUGUACGACUGGUGUUUGAUUGAGAACAAGAGAAUUAAAUAUUUUCACUCAGAUUUGAGAUUUUUGUAAACAGAUUCAAUGGGAACAAUAUCAAGUUUGCAUGUGGACUCUGUACAAUGCAUUUGAGCAGGGCUGACCGCAGAUUUUUUCCCUGUUCCUACAUGAUGGCUCUAUGGCAAGCCAUAGCCUUGCUUGGGAUUUGUGGACUUAUUAAGUGCAAUGAUGGCGUGUGCAACGUGACCUGCACCACAGACUUUAUCUCCAUGCUCAACUGCUCCAAUUCUGACUCGACAGGAGCAGCUUCUUGUCAUGUUGCGGCAGAUUGCAGGGAUGAAAAUGAUGCCACGAAUGGGAGCUGCACUAUCAAAGCGCCACAAUCCUGGUGCACAAUGGAGCCAGAGGAUAUGGAAUAUAUAAUGUCCUAUGAUACUAAAUGCUCUAUCAUAGUCACACAAAUAACCAAACAAGGCAAUAUGGAGACCCCAGCAAAGAGUCACUCUGAAAAUAUUGUAUUAUACAGAUUUGUUAAACCCCAACAACCGUUCAACCUAAAUAUUACAAAAAUUGGUGGAGAUUAUAACCUAACUUGGGAUGUGGCUUAUACAGAACACUUUCUGCAUAAAGACUUAUACUACACAGUACGGUUACGAACUAAAAGUCACCCAGAUAAGACGGCCCAAAUUUACAUCCUGCAGCAGGAACAACAAUCAAUGGUUAUCAUCGGUGAAAAACUCCUGCCAGGAAGGCAGUAUGUAGCAGAAGUUCAGGUUGCAGUGCAUCCUUCAACUUUUCCAUCCAUGUGGAGUGAAUGGAGCAACAGUGUCGAAUGGACAUCUGACUCUUCACAGUCAGAACAGUUCUAUUUCCUGCUGUUGGCACUUCCUGUUUUGAUGGUGGUGCUGCUUGUUUACAGUGGGAAAUUAGGGGGCAUCAAAAAGCUGUUCUUAUGGCAACACAUCCCAAGCCCUCAUGAGUACUUCACACCACUCUACAAUUCAUAUCAAGGAGACUUCAAGAGGUGGGUCGGACCAGUCCUGACCUUCAACAGCUUUGAUGUCCUUGAGAAGAGCACCACUUUGCAGGUGCUUUGUGAGAAGCAGCAGAAUGACAGCUCAGAGGAACCUGCUAACAGGACCGGCGAGCGAGACUUUGGUCCGGCGGGUCAAAACUCAUCUAAACUCUACUUCCACGGCAGCAACAGUCAAGGCCUCGCACACUCCGGCGGCCACAUAUCGAUGCACACCGUUACAGUAUCAGGUCAGGAGGGCGUCAUGGCUGACUGGUCCAGUGAUAUCCAAAGACGGAGCCUAGAGGACUUCCUCAACGACAAAGACGCCAAUCAGAGAGUGGCUGAGUUGGAUGACAGACAGCCUCUUGUACCGGACGGCAGGAGGAGUUUACAGGGUUCAGACUUUGAUGACUGGCAUCUACAGGAGCACGAUCUGGAGAACAUGGAGCAGGUCUCGCUGGACUCCUUCGGUUCUAAUGAGCAGUCCGAUGAUGGCUACCCACAAAUGGGUUUGGAUUUGGACACCAUAGACAGUGGAUUUCUUGAGUCUGAUUGUUCCAGCCCCUCUGCGUUCGAUGGGAACGAGCAGAUCGAUACUUCAUCGCUGGAUGGCGUGGGACGCUCCCAUUCAAAUUAUGUCAAACAGUGGGUGGCUUUUACAUCAGUUCAAGUUGAUGCCCAGAGCAAUGGAAAGUAGCUGUUCGUGGGAGUUUCUAUUGCUACAACAAACUAAAUCACAGCUGAAUAAUAGACAAUAGAAAGUGAAAGCAUCUACAAAGUGUUUGAAGACUUCACUAGUCGGACCUAACUUGCUCACAAUGUGUUUUAUUGCACUGAACUGUAUUUGUGGCAUAAAUGGACUCAUUAGACAUCAGCUGUGUGAUCAUUCACAGGACAUUGCUCUACAUUAAGACUGCAGGACAGUAUGUGUGGCUGCAUCUCAAUUUGCAUACUAUCAUUCCUUUAGGUCUAUAGACUAGUCAAGCUAGUGCCAUAUUUAAUAUGACAGGAUUGGAAACGAGGCUGUGAGAGAAUUCAAAGUAUUUUAGUGCUGUUUAACAAUAUAACAAUUGCUCAACUGACGGAAAACUAUUUUUAGUUGACAAAAGUUCUAGAAAAUAGUUUCAAAAGUUGUGCAUUGUAAAAAAGACCUGACCUAUGACCUUUAUACAGUGUAUGUUACAUUGUACAGUCUGUAAGCCUGUCCUUCACAGCUUCGUUUCGAUCUAUGUUACAUUCAAUAUGGUGUCUAACCUGAUUCAGUUCUGUAGUCAGAGGUUGUGCUACUAAUAAUAAUUAUUUGUCACUCUAAUGGACUGGGUUGUACUUUUUCUGUCAGACUCUAUUUUUAUAUCUCAGUAAAAUAUUGUUACACUCGAUAUCUUAAUGUGACUGUGUCACAAGAACUUCAGAAACCCAUGAAUUACACUCUUCAAAUCCUACUUUUGAAAUCCUACUACAUUUUAAAACCUUUUUCUUUCUCUUGGACUACUGAAGUCCAUUUUUGACAGAGUAAAAGGAAGAAAAAAAACAACCUGAAGAAAUGGUGAGAAAGUUUAAGAUAAAACAAAAUAUUUAUAGGCCUAAUUGCAUUUUCAGAUGUAAUACAACGUGAGAUAAGAGGUCACAACAAAUAAAGUCACAAUUACAAGCAAUAACAUCUCUGAUUUAAAACCAAUGCAUAAAAAUAUAUUUGUGACUUUAUAGCUCAGAUUCGCAACCAAUUAAAUCGUAGUUGUUUUUUAAAUAAUUAAUUUGUACUCUGAGGCAGGAUUCCAUGAUUAGUGUCCUUUAAGGCCCACUCACACCAAGAAUGAUAACUGUAAAGUUCUAAAAAUCAUUUUAAAUUUAAGAGAAUUCAUACCACAGCUAUAACAAUAACAUUAUAGUGGUACGGUUCCACUUUCAGGAUGAUAUUUUCCAUUUGAUGAACAACCAAGGCAUUGACAGCCAAUCAGAAUCCAACGUGCUCUAACAAGCUCAGGCAAUAAAAGUGCAGUCGACAGAACUGCAGGAUGCUUCUAUAAUAAAAACAACUUUAUUGUGCAUUGGCGUGGAUGCUAAUAUAGUUAGCAUUCUGGGUGUGAAUUAUGUAUUUUGAAUUAUUUUGAAUUAUCAUUAUGCAUUUACAGUUUUGCCAAAUUAACCACACAACCUCUGCAUUUAGUGUGCAAGAGUAGAAUUAGUGCAUGCCAAAAUCAUAAUACAUUUUAUUUGUAUUUUUAUAAUAAGUUAAAGUUCAAGAUUCAUUCACUGAAAACCCCAUACUAAUCAACUAAUAUUCAGAGUUUUUACAGAAUGUGUAAACAUGUUUGGAACCUAAGAUAAGUAACACAUUUAGCUACAUGCUAACACAAAUAAUACACAACAGGAGUCUGUGGUGAUUUUAUGAUGUGGUGUUAUGUCAGUACUGGCAUACCAUCUUACUACAAACUCAGCUGCAGCUCUGUACUUUCCCAGCAGCAGUUGAAGUACAUUUAUUUGGCAUGUAGCAAAAGUAUGGGACGUGAGGUGCAACCAGUGUUUAGGUACUGUUUAUCUAAUGAGGUUCUUCUGUCAUUGCACACAAUGUUGCAGUUAUCAGAGCUUGCUCUGAGCAAGAUAAAGGCAUGUUUCAGAAAGAUCUACAAAAUGACAGCCUCCUGAUAAUACUACGGGUAUUUCUACAUUUCAGAUCUUUUGUACAAAUCAUUAGUUCAGCAGACAGAUGAAGAAUUUAGAAUUGUUUUGGGGAAUUGUUUUCUUUUUUUGUCAAGUGCUUUUUAAACUUUGCAUUUUUCCAUUAAUGCUCUGAUUUUCAUGAAAUGAUUCAUGCACUUUAUUUUAAUGAUAAGAUUAUUUAUUACUAAGGAAGCAGACACUUUGAUAUUUGUAGGUGAUUACAAAUGUUAUUUGCAGUUAGAAUGGAGGGUUUGAAAGCAAACUUACAUUUCCUUUUCAGCCUUAUUACUGUAAAAGUUGUUUGUUUAAUAGGCUAUUCAGCCAAAUAAGUAUUAACAAGUAUUAACUUUUGCUUAAAUAAGAAAAAUCUACUUGUAUAGCAACAUUUGUGGCCUUAUUUUUCUAACUGUAUAUGCAGGAUCUCUUUUAAAAUGUUUUCUGCAACGGCUGAUAGUGGAAGAAGAAAAAGACACCGUGACAUACAGUAGAAAGCCACAAAUAAAGGUUCACAUUUGUAACAUUUAAUCUCUUAAAUCACUGCGCUAAAUGUCAGCUGCAGUCAUUUAUAGAAUCAGUCAUACAUGGGGAAAGUCACAUCGAGAUGUUUCUGACUGGAAAUGUUUCAGAUGCAUUAGUAAUACAAUUUAGUAUAAUAAAAAAAUAAUAAAGAAUUAUGUUUAGGCCUAUUCAAAAUGCAUUCAGAUCCUCCCUUUGAUUUAAUACCUGUAUGCGAACUCUUUUGUGGGCAAACUUUCUCCUUGCUACAGUUACAUGAUGUUGUUUAUAUGGUUUAAAAUCUCCUAAGUGAACAUGUUAACCUGCAAAAGUUCAUUUAUUGUGAGAGUUUAGUGUGUAAUCCAUUCGUGGAGUUUGGUGAAGUGAGAACCUUGAGAUACCAUCUUCACUAAUGAGAGAUUUUUUGAUAAAAUUUGAGGUUAAGACCUCCUACAUAAACAGGAACUUCUCUGUAUAUAAAGUCAUGUUGAUGCCCUUCACUGCCUCAGACUUCAGCUUUCACGCUUUUAUGUAAUGUUUCUCUAAUGCUUCAGAAUAAAUUAGGUGAGUUAAUAUGAGUCUUCUUUGAAAUUUGAGCGAACACAUAUACUUGAUUUUUAAGCAUCUGGGUGUUUUGACUUUUGCAGUUUAUUCUCAUUAGAAUGAACAUCUGAUUUUGUAUCACUUAAUAAAUGGAAUCUGAGGGGGUUUUAUAUCGAAGGUUUAAGAUGAAUCGUUCUUGUAUUCCUCACCGGUAAGUCGUCUUUAAUGUCUUCUAAAUGAAUAAAUUGUUACAUUUAUGCUAAA